AUGCGCUUGGGCAUAUUCCUGCUGGCUUUAGCCGGCUGUUGUAGUUUUGUCGCUAGUUCAACUACUGAAGAGGAUAAUAAUAAUGUUAAUAAUUGUUUAGUCGGAAAUUUGCUCGUUAGUCACAAUGUUAUUGUAUCGAAAUCUGUUGAAUCGGUGAGUUUUUGGGGGAAGAAAAAGCCACGUAUCUUUUUGUGGAUAAAGUUUCAAUGCUUACAAUUUAGAAACUCUAUAGAUUAAUCUGAUUUUGAGAAAGCCACGUGGAAACUGAUUGUAGUGAACAUGUUUUACUCCUAAUUUGUUCUUUUUCAACAAAAAUUCUAAAUUUUCCAGAGAUCAUGCUCCGGACUUUGCCGCAAACAAACCGUCUCCAGCGAUCAAGGAUCAAUUGUGUUAUUGAGUUGUGAAGAGAACAAAUUGUUGCACUUCGUCAAUCAAGCCGAAGCCGAGUGCUCCAGCAGCGAGCUUGAGACCUCUUGCUUAUGUCACGGUGAUGAAUGUAACAAGGUUGUCAUGGAAGAGAAAUUGGCGAAACCAACCAAUUUUGUUGCCAAGUGAGCAUGUUUUUUUGGGAUAGAUAACUGAACUUAGGCUUUUCUGACCCGGAACUCUCCGGGAGUCCCCACCCAUUUUUUCGCUCUUACAAAAUUGUCUUAUCAGUGCCAUCUUUCAAAAAUUUCUGGUGUUUGUUGAAGAAAUUAGAAGUGCAUAAUUAAUUUCGUUAUCAUCAAACACAAGCUUGAAAGUUGAGGCCAUAAAACGUGCUGCCACGAAAAAAUUAAAACAGUGAUUAGAUAAUAGUAUUAUAAUUAUUAUCAUCAAUUCGUUUCACGUGUAAAAGGGACCGAGGAAAAAAAUUAGGAAAAAAGUUUUUUUUGCAGCAACAUCAUCUGUUACGUCGGAUUCUACGCCAACGUCUCAAAUGCAGUCAAUGUCGGAGAUUCGGUAACUUGCGGACUUGGAAAUGUUUGUACUUCCGUUUCGGGAGUCUACAACGGUUAUGAUGCUGGAAUUUACGCCUGUAUGCCGCAAGGAGUUUGUGACUACAUUAUGGGAGGACAAAUUCAAUCGGGAACCAAAUGUACCAAUGUGCCAGGAACCAAUGUUCAAGGAUGCUGUUGUUAUGAUCAAGAUUGUCGUUCGCUUGCCCCAAUGCCAAAUCCACCAACACCUUCACCAUGGAACAAGAACAACUUGACAUGUUAUCAAGGAGUUACUAUCAAUGGACAAGUCAUUUCCGGAGGAAGUUUCUCACAAUGUUAUGGAGAAUGUGGAAGUGGAAGAAUUCGCACCACUUACAACGGACAAAACGUUUGGGCUGAAGUCUUCGUUUGUGACCCAGUUGAUGUUUUCACCUCGUUGAGUCUUGUUAAUCAAUGUAAAAACAUUGAUACCACAACUCUCGGAACUACCACCUAUGCUUUGCUCACCGCUUGUGCUUGCGACUCAAACAAAUGUUUGGAUCCAACAGUUGUUCCACCAGUUUACCCAAUUCGUCAAUUGAAAUGUGCAGUUGGUUUGUACAACGGAUCACAAUGGUUGGGAGCUGAAAUGAACUGCAACGGAAGAUGCGGAAGACUUCAAUUCAAGGCUUUGAAUCAAACUGUUCAAUACUUCACUUGUAUGCCAUAUGAUGUUUGCGCUGGAUUCGGAUUGGAAUCGACUGAAGGUGUUAUCUACACUCCACCACAAGAUGAUGAAAUUCAAGUUCUUUGCUGUUCUGCAUCGGUGAGUUUUAUUAGAGCUGAAAUUUUCAACUGAACCAAUAUGUACAUACUUCUAAAUUUCAGAAUAACUGCAACGUCAACAAUCCAGAUAUUCUCGGUCGUUUGAACAACACAGCUGUCUCAACUGCCAAAUAUCCAGUUCUCUGUUACGGUGGAAUCUGGGUCAAUGGAGCUUCAAUUUCAAACGGUGCCUACGGACUUUGCCAAGGAGAAUGCGCUUCAGCCAGUUUCCAAACCCAAUUCGCCGGCGGCACUCACAAUGCUACCAUCUACACUUGCGACCCAGUCACCAUGUGUCAACAAGCUGGAAUUGCCAACGGUUGCGGAACUGUUCUCGGUGGCGUCAACGCUUGCUGUUGCGACAAUGAUUUGUGCCUCGAUCCAACUCGCGGUGGUCCACCACCAGGUCUUCGAUGCUAUUCGGGUAUCUCGAUUCCACAAGACGGUUACAACCAAGGAGGAGAUCAAUUGUGUGACGGAUGGUGCGGAUCGCUCUCAUCAACUGUCAACGGAAAGAACGCCACUGUUUACUAUUGUGCCCCAGUCGGAUUCUGCCGUGCUAUGGGACUCGGAUUCGGAGGAGCUUACGGAAACUGUGCCACUAUUCCAGGAGCUGAUCCAGCUACCACUGGAUGUUGCUGUUCUGACGGAGAUAACUGUUUGGCUCCAGCCGGUGUCAAUAUCACAGCUCUCACCGUUCGCCGUGAUCCAAUGAUCGUUUGUUACGAAGGAUUCCACGUCAAUGGAAUGAAUAUGACUCGCCCAAUGUACAGAACUUGUGACGGAGAAUGUGUCUCAGUUGCGAUGACUGGACAAAUCAACGGACUCAACCACUACGCUGAAUUGUUCACUUGUGAUCCAUCAAGCGCUUGCGCCGCUAUGGGACUUCAAAACAACUGUUCAACCAUCGACAACGCUGUCACCGCUUGCUGUUGCGAUUCUGAUGAAUGUAUCGAUCCAACUGUGCCAAGAUACCCAGGAACAGUUCUCAACUGUUAUGUUGGUCUCAAGGCUCUCUUCGGAUCACUCAACAUCGGAGCUAUUGUUCAAUGCGAUGGUCAAUGUGCUUACGUCACCGGACAAGUUGGAAGCGAUAUUGUUACCGCUUUCCACUGUGCACCAAAGAAGGUUUGCCGUUCUUUGGGACUCGAUAACAGCGAUGCGACCGUCUAUCUUGAUCGUCAACUCACCGUCGGAUGUUGUGACAAUGGAAACAACUGUAACACCUAUGGAAAGAACGUGAACUUGACAAAUGUUCCAACUGCUCCAAAUGAGGCCCCACGUGCUUGUUAUUCUGGAGUUUUCCUCGGAGGACAAGCUAUUUCUGCUGGAGGAUGGGUUGCUUGCAAAGGAGAUUGCGCUUCAGUUUCUCUCAAUACCACAAUCAAUGGAACUGUUCAAACCGGAACUGUUUACACUUGCGAUCCAUCAAUUGUCUGCCGUCAAUUGAAUACCACCAACAAUUGUCAUCAAAUUGAAAAUGGACUUGAAGCUUGCUGUUGUGGAACCGAUGCCUGUCUCGAUCCAACAUCCAACCCACCACGUAAACCAUACGGAAACAACCAAAACUUCUGUUACGUCGGAGUCUACUCAUACACCAAUGACAAUAUGGAGAACCCAAUCUUGAACGUUGGAGGAGAAGAAGUUUGCUCUGGAUCGUGCGCCUCAAUCCAAUCGACUAUCGGAUACGCCAAUGUUACCGCAUACGCUUGUGUUCCAAACUACGUUUGCGACUACCUUGGACUUUAUGAUGAUUGCCAACAAGUUUACGCCGACAGAACCGUCUCCGGAUGUUGCUGUACUAAUGGUCCAAACUGUAAUGUUGCUCAAGUUAACCCACGCCCACCACCACCAACAAAUCGCCCACGUGGAAGACCAGUUCGCGAAUAUCCAAUCACUUGCCCAGCCGGUCUUGUUGUUGACGGACAAUUUGUCACCCCAAUGCAAUUCACUGUUUGUGAAGGAGAUUGCGCAUCAGUCACCAUCAACGGAACCUAUGCCAACAAUACCCACAUCGCCACAUUGUACUCUUGCGAUCCAAGCUCGGUCUGCUAUCAACUUGGACUCAACAACAAUUGUUCAUCGCCAGAACCAGGACUCACAGGAUGUUGCUGUAACACCGAUGCUUGCCUCGAUCCAACCAGAAACAAGACUGUUCCAACACCACCACUCAAAUGUUACGUCGGUCUCUACUCGCAAAACAUCUCCACCGGAGCUGAACAACUUUGCGACGGAAAAUGCGCUUCAGUCAACGCUCGCGUCAACAACGACAACGUCACACUCUUCGCCUGUGUUCCACACUCAUUGUGUAGAUCUCUCGAAAUCUAUGACACCUGUGUUCGUGUUCCAUAUUAUCCAGAAUUCAAUGCUUGCUGUUGCGACAACGUUGACAACUGUAACGUUGGACUCUCACAUCUCGCCGGACAAAUCAACACAUCACUUCCAAUCUCGAAAUUGAACGAUUACCCAAUUUCUUGCUAUUCUGGACUUUUCAUCAAUGGAUCUGCCUACUCUUCAAAUGGAUGGCAAACAUGUGAAGGAGAUUGUGUUUCAGUCUCAUUGACUUCUCAAUUCAACGGUCAAGUCGCCACUGCUGCUCUCUACACUUGUGAUCCAUCAAGAGUUUGCCGCAAUCUUGGACUCAACAAUCAAUGUAACACCCUCGAAAAUGGAGUUCAAGGAUGUUGCUGUAACACAAAUGGUUGUCUCGAUCCAACAAAGAACCCACCAAAGAUCCCAGGAACACCACUUCUUUGCUACGCUGGUAUCGUUUCAAAUUAUACUAUGCAAAAUGGACAACAAUUGGCUGUUGGAGUUGAUGUUCAAUGUUCAGGAAAAUGUUCUUCGUUGUCAGGAAUGGUCAACGGAUAUAUGGUCAACACUUAUCACUGUGUUCCAUCAUCGGUUUGUACCGCUUUGGAACUUUGGGAUGACUGCAAGAAGGUUCAUCAAGAUCGUCAAAUCGAAGCUUGCUGUUGCGAUAAUGUUAGCAACUGUAACUUGAAGAACAACCACAUCGUUCCACCUCCACCACCAAGCACCGUUGAUUACGCCAUCGCUUGUUACUCUGGUCUUUACGUCAACGGAAUUCCAGCCACACCAAUCACAUUGGGAGCCUGUCAAGGACAGUGUGCCUCGAUUGCUUUGAACACAACCUACAACGGAGCCGCAACUGUUGCCACACUCUACGGAUGUGAUCCAACACUUGUUUGCGAAGUUUUGGGAAUGGAAAACUGGUGUAAUUCACCAGAACAAGGAGUUACUGGAUGUUGCUGUAACACUGAUUUGUGUCUUGAUCCAACCAAGAACAAGACUGUUCCAUCUGGAUUCAGAAAGUGCUUCAGCGGAGUUUACGCUCAAGGACAAGCUCUUGGAUCAGAAACCACUUGCAUCGGAAAAUGUGUCUCGCUCUCAUCAACCGUCAACAACGACAAUGUCACCGUCUUCGGAUGUGUCCCAGAUCAAAUCUGUCGUCAAUUGGAACUCUACGAUGAAUGUAACACUAUCUUUGCCGAUCGUGCCGUUAAAGGAUGCUGUUGCGAUAACUACAACAACUGUAACGUCGAUUUGGCUGGACUCACCGGACAAGUCAACACAUCUGCUCCAGUUCACAACCUUCGUGACUAUCCAAUCACUUGCUUCUCUGGACUUUUCGUUGAAAAUCAACCAAUCGCUGUUGCUGGAUGGCAAGCGUGUCAAGGAGAAUGUGCUUCAGCUACAAUCACAACCACAUUCAAUGGACGUGACACCAACGCCACAUUAUACACUUGCGAUUCUACCAGUGCUUGCUACCAACUCGGAGUCAACAACAACUGUACUACCGUCGAACCAGGACUCAGUGGAUGUUGUUGCGCAACUGAUGCUUGCUUGGAUCCAACUGUCAACCCACCAAAGACACCAGGAAACCUUCUCAAAUGUUGGGUCGGAAUCAAAUCCACUUACAACGGUGGACUCAAUCUUGGAGCUGAAACUUAUUGCGACGGACAAUGUGCUUCUUUGACCGGACUUGUUGGAGGAGAAAAUGUGACCACUUAUCACUGUGUUGCCAACAGCAUUUGCACAGCUCUCGAAAUCAAGGAUAGCUGCCGUCGAUUGUACAACGAUCGUGAAGUCAGCGCUUGCUGUUGUAAUAAUGCUGACAACUGUAACAUUCGUGAUCCAAACCACGCUCCACCACCACCACCAGUUCUCCCAGACUUCCCAACCGCUUGCUACUCUGGAUUGGUUGUCAACGGUGUUCCAUACACCCCAUUGACCUUGUCAGCUUGCUACGGAGACUGCGCAUCGAUUUCACUCACUACCACCUUGGCCAACAAUGUUACCCACAAUGCAACACUCUUCACAUGCGACCCAACUUCAGUUUGCGCUCAAUUGAGUAAGUUAUUAGAAGAGAAAGACUAGACCUAAUGUGUUUUUUUUUGCAGAUAUGACCAACGCUUGUCACACCGUCGAACCAGGAGUGUCCGGAUGUUGUUGCGAUUCUGAUGGUUGCAUCAACCCAUACACCAACACCUUCCCAGGACCACUCAACUGCUACGUCGGAAUCUACACCGCUGACAACAAGACCAACGUCGGAGCCACAGUUCCAUGUGACGGAUAUUGUGGAUCGCUCGAAACCACCGUCAACAAUGUUCUCUACAAAUCAUACCACUGUGUUCCAAAGACCAUCUGUCGAUCACUCGGAUUGAACAAUGUUCGCAAGACCAUCUCAACUGAUCGUGAUAUCACUGGAUACUGUUGUACCACCGGAACAAAUUGCCACGUCACCGAAGCCGCUGUCAACGCCUCAUCUGUCUUCAAUCCAUCAGGAAAUGUUCCAACACCAAUCGCUUGUCGCUCAGCUGUUUAUUUGAACGGUGGAGUUGUGAGUGAAAACGGAUUCAGCGCUUGCUACGGAGCUUGUGCUUCAGUCAGCUAUGCCACCAACUACAAUGGAGCUGCUAACAACUUGACACUCUUCACUUGUGAUCCAACAUCAGUUUGUGACUCAUUGGGUAAGAUCUAAUCUCGUAAAACACCCCAACUCACUUUAUCCUUCCAGGUCUUUCUAACACAUGUGCAUCAAUCGACGGUGGAGUUUCCGGAUGUUGUUGUAACUACGAUAAUUGCGUCGGCAUCAACUUCCAACCAACUCCAACCACAGGUUUCGGCUCAUCGGCCACCUAUUCGAUCCUCACCAUCUUCGCCACUGUAUAUAUGCUUUUGGCUUUCUAG